CCAGAGGAAGAACAGGAAGAAAAUUGUCCGGAAUCCUUCAAAAACAAUCGUCUCAUUCCUGUUCAUCCGAAUCGAUGGAAAUCAGGAUCCCAGUCCAAACCUAUUUUUCCAUUUCAUCUCGUUUUCAAGUCGGUUAUUCAGAUUGGUAUAUCUCUACCACAAGUUUAUGAUCAAUGCAGCCAAUUCUGAGAGGGCAAGAUGGUCCCAUCUUACCUGCUGAGGUCAAGAGAUUGUAGUUUGAGACCUGGUGAAGCCAAUGUGUUGUGUUCUGGAGUGGUGAUGACUUUGUGCCAGGAAUUUUGGAGCAACAACCAGAUGCUGAGUAUGAUGCUGUAUCCAUUGACAGUUGAAGAGUUUGAAGAUGAACUGCAGCAGACACUCAAUCAGGAUAGGCUUCACAAGAACAAAUUAUUAUUCCUGAUGAUGGACUGCACAUUUCAAUUGUGGAGAGAAGACUUAAGGUCUCAGUACACAAUGGGUGCACAUUUGUGGGUGUACCUCACGUAGUAUAUACCUUGAACCAGAGUAUUAAGGUGGCAAAUCUGUAAGAAAGUCAUUGGCUUGGCAGUCCUCAUUAAGAGGUACAUUGCUUUCAUCCAGCAAAUAUGGGUACUGGUUAUGACAUUACAUACAUACAUACAUAUGUUAAUUGACCACUCCUCAUGGGGGCUUUUCAGAGCAAAA